GCGGGAGACGGGAGUGUGACCUACUGCAUUUGCUGAUUUGCAUUUCUCAGUUUCAAUUUCCAAGGGCUCAAAUCGCAAUCGACGGCUUCUCUUCAGCUUCGCAUCCAUGGAAAAUCCAAACGACACCAUCAGUAACGUUGGUUCCUUUCAAUAUUUCCGAAUCUUUUGGUGAAUGGUGAAUUGGUGAUUUCCGAUUACGUAUGACAUUUGAAGUAGAGUACAGACGCAUAGCAACACUCUUUCAGAAUUGGUUGCAGUCGACAAGUCGUUUUUUUGAAUACAUAUAAUCAGAUUUGGGAUUUUUCAUUUCUAUUUUGGGCUGCUCAAAGAUUAUUAACAUCUAAACAGGUUACAGACUUGCAACCUACAGAUUUCUUAUUGCUUUGGGCUCAAAGGACUGGGGAUAUAAUGAUGUAAACAAUCAACAGAAAGCCAACUGCAGAGCAACACACAUUAGUCAUCAGCAUUGAUUUUGAUGCUCUAUGGAUCUACUCUUCAAUGCUUACUCAACUAAUACAGAUGACGAUGAAGAAAAUGAAAAACAUCCACCUCCUCCCUUCAAACGAGCUAAACCUGAACUCACACAUACAUCCAUCAAUUUUGAUCAUCGAAAACAUAUUUCCACCGAAUCUUCAAUUUCAGGAAGAUACAUUUCAAAGCAAGAACGUGCACUCAUGGCUUCAGCUCCUCCUCAAAUUCCCAAUCCAGACCCCCCAUCUUCCUCAGCCUGUUCACCUGUUCAAGGAAGCAUCUUGGAUUCUUCCAUAAGAAAAGACAUUUUGUCGUCGUUAAGGAAUCCAAAAGGAGGAGGCUAUGCGAAUUCUGAGAAGAAGUCCACAGCUCUUAUCGGCCAUACAAAAGCUGUGAAUGCUCUACAAUGGUCAAAUAGUCAUUGUCAUCUUCUUGCAUCGUGUGGUAUGGAUUCUUCCAUAAACAUAUGGAAUGUUUGGAGCAAUGAACAGAAGAAAGCACGGGUAUUAAACGUUCAUACUGCAGCUGUGAAAGACAUCAAGUGGUGUGAGAAAGGACUUUCUUUGCUUUCUUGUGGAUAUGAUUGCACAUCAAGAUUGAUAGAUGUUGAAAAAGGGAUAGAAACUCGGGUGUUUAAAGAGGAUCAAGUUGUUGGGGUUGUUAAAUUUCAUCCUAACAACUCCAACCUGUUUUUGUCCGGAGGAUCAAAAGGUGUGAUUCGUUUAUGGGAUAUUAGAACUGGAAAUGUGGUAAAUCAAUUUUCUCGAGGUCUUGGCCCAAUUCUUGAUGUGGAAUUUAUGAAUGAUACAAAACAGUUUAUUUCUUCUAGUGAUGAAUCAAAAAGCAAUGUUAGUGCGAAUUCUAUCAUUGUUUGGGAUGUUUCUCGACAACUUCCUCUAUCCAAUCAGAUCUAUGUGGAAGCGUAUACGUGUCCAUGUAUACGACAUCAUCCAUACGACCCAUAUUUUGUGGCACAAUCAAAUGGAAAUUACAUUGCAAUAUUUUCUUCCAAAUCUCCAUUUCGGCUCAAUAAAUACAAAAGAUAUGAAAGUCAUUUUGUUUCCGGUUUUCCCAUCAAAUGCAAUUUCAGUACAGAUGGGAAAAAACUUGCAUCUGCUUCUUCAGAUGGUUUUAUUUACAUAUAUAACACCAAGUCAUGCCACCUCAUCAACAAAAUCAAAGCUUAUGAACAAGCGUGUGUAGAUGUUGCAUUUCAUCCCAUUUUGUCUAAUGUAAUCGCUUCUUGCAGUUGGAAUGGGGAAAUAUCAGUUUUUGAAUAAUUGGAAAAUAUGUAUAUCAUUUAAUGUCACAUUCCAGUCUUGUACCCCACAUACAUGUAUUAUUGAUGAGCUGUAUUUGUAUUGUUCUUGUGUUUGGGCAAAUCAGAUGUGACACUUUUAAAGCCGAAAA